AUGAUUGAAGGCUGGACUGUAAUCUGUUCCUCCCGCUUCCUCUUCCCUCUCUCCGCCUACCACUCCAACUCUUCCUCCUCCUCCUCCUCAUCCUUGUCCUCUUCCAACUCCUCCUCCUCCUCUUCCAAAGACGCCCCGGCGCCCCCUAGUUGUGUGCAGCCGACGGGCGCCAAGCUGCUCUUCAAGUACGUCAACACGCUGUUGUCAUGCGUCAUCUUCGUGGUGGGCAUGGUGGGCAACGCCACGCUGCUGCGCAUCAUCGCCCAGGAGAGGAGCAUGCGGACGGGCCCCAAUGCCCUCAUCGCCAGUCUGGCCCUGGGGGACCUCAUCUACAUUGUCAUAGCCAUCCCCAUACACAUCUAUAAGCUGAUUGAGAUGCGCUGGCCCUUCUCUGAGAGCGUGUUGGGGCUGGUGCUGUGUAAGCUGGUGCCCUUCGUCCAGAAAGCCUCGGUGGGCAUCACUGUGCUCAACCUCUGUGCCCUCAGCGUGGACAGGUACCGUGCGGUGGCGUCCUGGACGCGUGUGCGUAGCGUGGGCGUGCCAGUGCAGACCGUGCUGGAGAUCGUGUGCAUCUGGUGCGUGUCGGCUGCGCUGGCGGUGCCCGAGGCCAUGGGCUUCACCAUGGUGGCCUUCACCUACAGGAACACCUCCACACACACCUGCAUGCUGCAGCCCAACACACCUUUCCUCAAGUUCUACAGAGAUGUGAAGGACUGGUGGUUGUUUGGGUUCUACUUCUGUGUCCCGCUGCUGUGCACCGCUGUGUUCUACUCGCUCAUGACCGUCCGCAUGCUGCGCCAACGCAAACAGCUGCAGUCCGCACUCAGCCAGCACCUCAAGCAGAGGCGUGAGGUGGCGAAGGCGGUGUUCAGUCUGGUGGUGAUCUUCGCUCUGUGCUGGUUCCCCCUGCACCUCAGCCGCAUGCUGAAGAAACUCAACUACAGCCCCACGGACACACACCGCUGUGACCUACUCAACUUCCUCCUGGUGCUGGACUAUCUAAGUGUGAACCUGGCCACAGUCAACUCCUGUAUCAAUCCCAUCAUCCUCUACUUCGUCAGCAAGAAAUUCAAAAACUGCUUCAGGUCUUGUCUCUGCUGUUGGUGCUUACCCAGUAGGACCCAUGUGGACUCCAAUCCUCAGACACGCAAGGCCUUCCUACCCUGAGAACGCCUCUACUUCACUGGAUGCAGUGUGUGUGUAUGUGUGUGUGUAUGCGUGUGUGUGUGUGUGUGUG